CAAAAAGAUAAAAUUGUGUUAUUGAAGGGUUGUCUUGUAUUUUAGCGAAUAAGUUGCGAAUGUUUUAACUCUAUGUUAUAACAUCUCUUCUUUGUGUAUCGCUUUUUCCUCAUUUUCGACCCUAAUUUUCCGCAGUUUUAUGUAAAAUUCGGGAGUUUGGAAUGACGGCCAAAAAACUGUAUGUGAAACUAUCAGGCAACUGACUAGGCAUUUACUUCCUAUAAAUUAUCACGUAUGGAACUAAUAAGGCAUAAAUACAUUUACAUACUCUUCAGUUAACACAAUGCAGCAGAGGGGUUCAUCGAAUGCUAUAAUGGAAAACGAAGAUGGGAAACAAACAACCACGAACUCCUCGUUCAGAGGCCGAAAUUCGAAAUUUUUGGUGCGCAGCCAUGCGAUGCGCGAGGAGCAGUCGCCGCCCCGUGAGCCGUCGCCCUGCGGCGGCGGUCACCUGGUGCAGCCGGCGAUAAAGCUGACGCCGUCGCCGGAACUGUCGCCGGCCGACGUCAGCGCCGCAGCGAAGCCGCUCGUCGUGCUCAGCCCGUCGAUUAGCCGGGGGAACUCCCCGGCACGGUCGUCCAACGUCUGCACCUCGCCGACAACCACGUUAGUACCUUCUCCCACCUCCAGAUGUUCUCCACACAGUGCUUCCUCGGUGCCCCACGGUUGUGGGGGCGGUGGUCCAGACAACGACAGCACAGCUUAUUCGGACGGUGAGGGUGGUUGCAGUCCUAAAUACCUCAAUAAGCUGAACAGGCAAAACCUGGACAAGGAACACAAACAAUCUAGUCAUAAUAAUAGCAUGAACGAGAGAUAUUUAAGAAAAAUCUAUGGUGGAACUGAAUUAAUAUACAUUGCCGCAUAUAAUAAGAAAAAAGUGAUAUGUGAUUGCCCAACCCAAAGCUGCGUAAAAUGCCUCAACCAGGAAAAGAAUCUAAACAACAACGUGACUAACAUCAAUAACAAUGUGAUCAGCGCAAACACACUGUCUGUGGCAAGGUCCAGUUCCAGAGGCAAACUUAGACAACAGAGCUCCUCUUUGGGCAGCUUCGAGGGCAGUUUGUCCAACUCGCCGUGCUUAUCUAGAGAUAGUAGUUCUGAACAAUACACCGACACGACAGGUGUGGAUCUAGAAGUUUUCAUUCCAGAAACCCUGAAUAGAAACGCCAAGGAUAGGGCGCUUAUGUUACGAAUUGAACAGGAACUAGUCACUCUUGCCAAAGAUAAAAAUCAAACGCAUUACAAAUUCCCGCCUAUGUCAAGCUACCAGCGUAUGCUUGUACAUCGUUGCGCCGCUUAUUUCGGUAUGGAUCACAACAUCGAGUCCUCGGGCAAAUGCGUCGUGGUGAAUAAGACGAAGGCGACCCGUAUUCCGGACGUGCCCUUCAAAGAGCACAUCAAGGAGGACAUCGUUUUCGCGGAGGAGCCUCGUCGCUCGAUCCUGAAGAGGGACUCGAACAGCAUCGAGGAUUACGGAUUCAAGUCGCCGGAUCGUUCCCUCAGCUUGGAGAACAGACGAAGCAAGAGCUUCGAGGAACGCGAGGAGGAAUAUGAGAAGGUGCGGAGGAGGAUCUUUAAUAGAGAGAUGCUUGACGGCUCAGAUUAUGAAUGGGCGGAGAUGCCCUGGUCGAGUACAGAGAGCGAAUACUCUGGAAAGUUCAGGCUCCAACCCCCGGAUUCUCACCGCAAGCACAUCGGGAAACUGAUCAAGGUACAGUCGGAAGAAACCGGUGAGACGUUGCGACCAUGUGUGGCUAAAAGCUACAGUUUUGGAGGGUACGGAGGAGUAUCGGUGCUGAGCAGAGGCGACAGCGUAAUGUCCACCCACAGUGCCGGUCCGAGGCUGCUAACAAAACAAGGCACGAUUCCAGAUUCAGCAGCGAGCUCGGUAUCGUGGCGCCUGAGUCCGUCGAGUUCGGGCUACAAGUCCCAAUCUCAGAUGUCGGAGUCCGUUACACCGUCACCCACAUCGACGCCUCAUCCACCCGGUGGUCAGGACUCUUCGUCCUGUGGAGACACGCCGGAAAACGUUCCCGAUCAGCUGGUGUGGGCGGUCACAGACAUCCACAACGUGCCCAAAGGAAGCGUCAUCAUUAAUCCACAAACCGGCAAACCGAUUAAGAACCAAGACGGAUCCAUUUACCACUACGACCCGGACAACCCUCCGGUGCACGUCACCUCCAACAAACCACCGCCAUCACCGAUAAAAUACGCUGCGAAAGAAACGUCGACGUCGCCCAAAAAGAGAUCGGCUAAAGUUUCACCUGUCAGGACAAAAUCCAAUGUCACCACCACAGCAACUAGUCCCAGUCUGCCAUAUACUUCACCGGCUGGCACGCCCCAGCACAACAAAUCUUUUCAAUUCGUACAGAACCAGGAAACUAUCAGCAAUAUGUCCCAGCAUUCCUUCAUGUUCAACGGUGGAUACUCGGCUAAUCCAGAGAAUGUGUCCGUUUAUCAAGCGCAACAACCCUACGUUGUCUACACAGCUGCCCCUUAUGCUGCCAUGCCAAUAACCACACAGCAAUACGACGGUCGACUGGAGGGUCCACCCAUUCCAGAUAUGACCAGCCCAUAUUUCGUUUCUGAAGGAGUGGGACCAGCACAAUCUCAAGUUGCUUUCCAACAACCAGCUGCCUAUUGGAACCAACAACCUAUCGCGUAUUACCAAAACAAUCCGCAAAAUUCAAGUGUUCAACGUUACGCUAUGCAAUUACCACAAAACCAAACAGGAUAUAUACCCCAAGCAUAUCCAUCCGCAAAUUACAUGGCACAAGCGCCCCAAACUGCCGGUGCCGGCGACAUAAUACCGGUAUACUCGAACCAGGUGCAGAUGGUGUACCAGACGGCCGCCCCACCACCCCCGCAGGCCAGCCAAUCGACAGGCCAGCUCGUGUACCCCAAUCACCAGCAGGUGUUGUACACGCCUGGCAACGCGACCGCCACCAUGUACCCGGGCGGCAUGUAUCCGGGAGCGGCGGCCGCCCCGAUGGCGCCGAACGUGACUGCACCGGCCUAUCCCAGCACGCCGACACCGAACAGUUGCGCCAGCUCCGCCUCGAACCCGACCUACGCGAUGCAGGAUGUGGGACAGCAGCAGGCCUACAUGCAAGUCGCCCAAGGUAUGCAGGCCAUGAGUAUCACCGGACAGGGCCAGCCGGGCAAGUGCGCCGCAUCGGUUGCACAGCUUGAGAGGCCCAAGUGUUUUGGGAAGGGCAACAAAUUCGGCGGUGGCGGGGGCAACAAGGGCUUCGUGAUGGGUUCGAGCCAGAGCAGUACUGGCACCAAUUCGCCGGCCGCCACGGUCGUAUCGGGAUACUGCCCGCCGAAUGCGGGGCUGUUCCGGACGCCGCCGGACACGCCGCUUCAUUAUACCGCGUACGCACCAACGUUCCCCGCCCCGCAGAUUUUUAGACAGAUGAGCAAUGUUAGAACGUCCACACCUGGAACAAACAGAAGUAGUCGUUCCCCAACCCCCGCUAGUGAUUACGAAAGACAACGGAUGUCACUGCCUCCCAAUAUGCUUCAUCAAAAAAUGCCUUAUAUUUUACAACCUGCCGGUAGAGGUCAACCAACAGUGUAUAGACAACAACUCCCACUUAACAACAAACAUCAACCCAUCAGCCAUGGAUCUGAAAACCGAUCUCAUAAAGGAAGGAAAUCCAAAGGGAAUAAACCGUCAGGAUUACCUCCUAGCGGACGACCUGCUUAAUUACAAUACGUACUUCAUCAUCCAAUAAUAUUGCAAAAUAUUAAAAUGUUACCUAAACAUAUUUCGUAUGUUUCACAUCGAUAUUUGUGCCCCGUAAAUUGUAUAAAAGGUAAGAAGUUCCUUGUUUAAUUUUAAAUGAUCAAUAUUUUCCCGACUUUAACAUUAUUUGCCAGUACUAAAUCCUUGUUUGAUGACAAAAAAUUUGCUCAAUUUUCUUUAUUUCACGCGUUGUAUUGCACAAUUUUUAUAUAAUGAUUAGCAGGAAAUUUAUUAUUAUACAUUUUGUAAAUAACCCAGCGCUUUUUAUGAAAAUAAAGGCUCUUACCUUAAAUAAUAACAGUUUUUCCAAAAUGUUUCGGACCUGUGAAUAAUUAAAAAGACAAUCUAUUUUGUUGUAUUGUAAAAUUGUAUAGAUAAUAAAGAUGGGUCCAUUUUAGAUGUGCACAUUUUUCGUGUGUUUUAAAAUGCGUUUUUCGGAAAUGUGUUCAACUAAAAACUGGCAUAACUUUUAUUUUUACAUUACUCAGAUUUAUUGGUAUUUAUUGUUAUUUGUAGAAAUGUAUUAACAUUAUUAAAAUUUUAUGAACAAUUGUUAAAGUUUUUCUUUAUUGGUCAACAGUUACCUUUGUAGCACACGUAUGUGUCUGUGAUUCAAAAUAUACUCUAUAUCGGAUUUAUCGACGAAAAUGUGAUAUUAUAUAACUCAAAAAAAAUUUACGAAUUCAUGACAAUUUUAACACAAUAAACGUUAAUGUAUAACUUAAUCACAGACGCAGAGCGGUGCAGUUAGAUGUGUUUUUUAUGCAUAAUUGGAAAUACUUUUGAAAAUUGUUGACCAGUUCUGUUUUGUUUAUGGCAUAAUAGUCAUAACGUAAAAUUCCAUCCAUAUUGCCGUAAAAAUUUUACACGAUUUAUAAGUUGACAAAAUUGUAAUUCUAAAGUCAAUUACAAAUAUACACGUUCUACUAUGAAACUGUACUUAAUUUUUGUAUGGAGUUCAAGUAAAUAUGUAGAGAAGCAAUACUUAACUUCCCAUCUCAAAAAAUAAAAUCACUAGAAUUCUUGACUAGAAUCGCCAAACUGAAACUUUUAUUAUUAUUGUUAUUUGUUUUUUUAAAAGACUGCAUGGUCAUUUUAGUCACGAAUAUUGACUAUACAACUUACAUUUUCGAGACGGGAAGGAUGAAUGUCUUUUAUUUCUUUCCUAGUAACAUAAAUUUAAAUGUAAAAAAUUAUGUAAUUGUUUAUAAGGAACUAUAAAGUAGUAUUAUUGUUGUAGUAAAAAUAGGUGAUCUUUUCCUUCCGAGAUAUGAAGAUUUUAUUUAUAUUUUAUUUAUUUAUUUUUUUGUUCUAAUGUGCCUCUGACACUCAGAAAUAAAUUUAUUUAAUAAAACUGUC